AUGAAACAUAACGCCAAUGUCGAUCCAAAUACCGUUAUUUCAGCAGUACAAUCUGCGUCCAACUUUGAAAAAUAUUUUUCUUUCCAAAUCUUUUUCAUCUUUUUAAGAGAAUCCCUUGAAAUUGUGGUGAUCAUCAGUAUUUUAUUAAGUAUUGUCAAGCAAGGUCUUUCAAUUCAUGAGAAUGAAAUGAAUGAGAGUGCCCCGCCUUCUAUGGGCAAUUCUAUUGGCAUGGAAACGGUCCGUACGGCUGUGCCAAGUCUGCUUUCGAGAGAACCUCAGUUGAUUGAACGUCAAGCAAAUCGUAAUGGUGAUGAUGACUCUCGCUUCAACGUUGAGGAAGAGGAAGAGAUCUUUGAUCACCCAGGGGCUUUAUUGGAAGAUGACUCGAGAAUUCCCGUGUCUGAAAAUGGGGCAAAUGCAGUCUCUAACAUGAAUUCUCAAAACAAUAUGAAAUUAUACAAGAGAUUGAAGUUACAAAUUCUGGCCGGUGGUGGUGCUGGGAUCCUUGUUUGUAUGCUCCUUGGAUUCUUAAUCAUUUUGAUCUUUUAUUAUGUUGGUACUGAUCUUUGGAGUAUGAGUGAGCAUUAUUACGAAGGUAUCCUGAGUUUGGUUGCAUCUGUUAUAAUUUCAAUUAUGGGCUUAUUCUUCUUGAGAAUGGGGAAAUUAAGAGAAAAAUUCAGAAUUAAACUUGCCUCAAUUAUUUAUUCCCACAAUUAUUCAAAUAAUAAUAGUAAUGCUAACAGUAAUGAUGCUAGCAAUAAUAGAUUAUUACCUACUCGUGAACAAACUGCUGAUGCAGUUAAAUUUAGUGAAAAAUACGCCUUUUUUAUCUUGCCAUUUAUCACUGCUUUAAGAGAAGGAUUAGAAGCUAUGGUAUAUAUUGGUGGUAUCGGUAUUGAUCAACCUUUAACAUCUAUCCCAUUAUCCAUGCUUUCAGGUGCUACUUUAAGUGGUAUCUUUGGGUAUUUCUUCUUUCAAUAUUCAAAAUCUGUCUCAUUAAAGAUCUGUUUGAUAAUGGCUACAUGUUUUCUUUAUAUAAUUGCAGCUGGGCUGUUUUCCAAGGGAGUUUGGCAAUUAGAAGUUCAAGAUUAUGUAAAUAAAUGUGGUGGUCAAGACAUGAGUGAAGUUGGUAAUGGGCCAGGUUCUUAUGAUAUUUCAAGGUCAGUUUGGCACGUCAACUGUUGUAAUGGAGAAAGAGAUGGUGCUUGGAUGAUUUUUACUGCUAUAUUUGGUUGGACCAAUAGUGCUACUUACGGCUCUGUUAUCUCCUACAUGUUCUAUUGGGCAGCAUUUAUCAUUAUAAUUAAGAUGUUGAUGAUAGAAGAACAAUUAGGUUAUAUCCCCUAUGUGCCAAUUGCUUUACAGAAGAAAAGAAUUAUUAAAAGAUUAAAUAUUGCAAAAGCGGCAGUGGCUUUUAAGAAUAAGCAAUCUUCCAACCCUGAUCUAAGUAAUAUGUUAAGUCCGGUAUUAGAAAGGCCUUCUGGUGAUAGUUCAAUGCCAUUGAUGCAAGGUGCUACGUUGAAUAAUCAAUAUACUAAUUAA